AUGGCUGAACUCUACAAGCAGUGGAAUGCUCGUGCCUGCGCCGUUACCAUCCCAAAGGCGUUUGUCCAGUCAUCGAAGUCGUCCGUGCUCGAGGAGUUAUCUGCUGAGAUCGCUGGUUUGUUGGACCCAGCCACCCUCCGGACCGUGCAAGCAACCACCAAUCGCCGGUUCGUCCUCGAGUUCUCGAACCCAUCAACUGCUGCGGAGGUUAUGAGAAAUGGCAUUGGCUUUCGGGGA